CUUGAACGCCUUGGAGAAAGCAAAUAGUGAAAUAGCGUAAAAAUAAUCAAAUUAUUGAUGCUGGUACAUCGAAGUUCUUUAUAAAAUUGCAUAAUAUUCUGGUCCCGUAAUUGACAAUUCAGAAUUAUUGAAACGGACAUUGAACGUAACGAAGUACUGGUGACCAAACGAAGAAAUGAAAACACAAAAGCUAAUCCUAUGCAUUCCUCUUCAGAAAUCAAGCCAUUCACUUUCGAUGCCGUGAUUGACAAUUCUCUGACGCAGAGGCAGAUGUACGACAGAGUAUUUCAAAGCUUGGUCAAUUCAGUGGUUGAAGGAUUCAAUGGGACCAUAUUUUCUUACGGGCAAACUGGCACAGGGAAAACAUUUACAAUGGAGGGAUCAUUGGAAUCGGAAGCUAACUAUGGCGUCAUGCCAAAUGCUUUUAAGCAAAUAUUUGAUCAAGUCUCAUUAAACCGAGAGAAACGAUAUUUGAUUGGAGUUUCAUACUUUGAAAUUUAUCAAGAGGAAAUUCGAGACCUGUUGGACUGUGACAAUUUUAAAAAGUGUGUCAUCCAUGAAAAUCCGAAUGGAGGAGUUCACAUCAAAGGUCUCUCUUCUUAUCUAUGCUCCAGUUUCCAAGAAAUCGUGGACCUGUUGGCAAAAGGGAAAUUGAGUCGAGUUGUAGGUGCGACAAACAUGAAUGAACACAGUUCCAGAAGUCAUGCCAUCUUCCAAGUUACGAUUGAGACGUCCGACCAGACCGAUAUUGAUGGUGAGCACAUCAAAGUCGGGAAAUUGAAUCUGGUUGACCUCGCCGGAUCUGAGAGAGUCUCCAAAACUGGGGCAGAGGGUAUGAGGCUCAAGGAAGCUGGGAAAAUAAACUUGUCCUUGUCCACUCUCGGCAAUGUCAUUUCCGCACUCGUGGAUGGGGCGGCCUUCAUCCCAUACCGAGACUCCAAAUUGACACGCAUUCUUCAAGAUGGGAUCGGAGGAAACUCUAGAACCGUAAUGGUCGCCACAGUGGGUCCUGCGGGAUACAAUUAUGAGGAGACCAUAAAUACCUUGAGGUAUGCCAGCAGGGCGAAGAACAUUGAAAACAAACCGAGAAUCAAUGAGAACCCUAAAGAUGCCAUGCUCAGAACAUAUCAAGAGGAAAUUAACCGCCUGCGAAGCAUGGUGCAGGACAAGAUGGCUAGAAAGACCUCGGCGACCAAACCAACUACUGCUGAAGAUUUUGACGACAACUUGGAGAAAGAGACAACUCGAAGUAGUAAACCAAAACCCAAAAGUACUACCAGUAAUGGUUAUUAUAAGCAGCAGAAAGGAUUGAUGGACACGAGUACAAUAAAUGAGCUACGGGAAAUGUUGGAACCUUUGGGAAUUGUGUUCGACGGAGACAUUGAAGCAAUACUGGUCAAGUUGAAGGAAAAGACUGAAAGUUUGCAGAAGGACACACAAAUGGUGAAAGAGGAUCACGAAAAACUAUCAACCCAAUUGCAGAAAGCAACUGAUAAGCUGAAAUCAGCAAAAUAUGAGUGCAACAACCUCACUGCACAGAUCAAGUGGUUAGAAAGUAAAGUUCUCAACUCCUCUGGGGAGAAUAAACUGAUUGAAAAAACAAAGUCUCAAAAGGAACAAAUUGAGUUGCAAGCAAAAACCCUAGAAAGCCAUAAAAUGAGACAAGAACAUCUCCGAAAAGUUUUGGCUGAAAAAGAAAUGACAAAUGAAGAAUCUUUUGCGGAUUGUAAUGCAUUGGAAAAUGAUUAUAGAGUGAAAGUUGAAAAGUUGAUGAAACUGACACGUAAAAUUGAUACAUUUGAAACCGACUAUGCUAUGGACAAGAAGAAGAACGUUGAAAACGUCACAAGACUCAAGAAUUGUAUCCUAGAAAUGAAAAAGUGCAUACCUAUUUAUAUAUUUAUAAACGACUCACUACAAUUUUUAAGCAAUCCAAAAGUGGUAAAGAAUUUUUUUUAACUUUUAGAGAGUUAA